AUGAAUGCCUCACUGUUCUUCUGGUAUACCCUGGAGCCCUUUUUCAGCUGUUCACAGUCGUCUUGCUGCAUAAACACUUUAGGGCCUAACUUUGUCACCGAUUUCCGGUGUUAUUGGAGCUCUCAGCCUUUAUACAACCCUCCUCUUUCAUCCCUCGAAUGUGACCCAAGGACAGAGUUGAAUGAUUUACUGGGCGUGGCCCCAGUUUCCUCACCGGCAGCUCUCAACAUGUUUAUUGAAACCAGAUGCGUUCACGAGAUAGCCAAGUUAACAGUGGAGUAUCCGGUAUACUUUAUCAACUACAUGCGUGGCUGGUUAACUAAGUUCCGUAUCACCAGCACCACUGAAAGGUUCUAA